AUGGAGAUAGGCGAAUACAAUUAUUCAUUGUUAUCGAGUCCGUAUGAUAGUUUUAUGCGAAAACAUCUUCAACAUUAUGGUUAUUUUACGGGUCGUGGAGAAGUUAUAAAAAAAUAUGGAUUUUUCCCGUCAAAAUCUCAACUUAUUUCAUCAUCAAGUGAUCCUGAAUCAAGUAGUAGUGACGAAGAACCAGAAAAAAAUGAAUAUUUAUCUAUAAAAUAUAAUUUAGAAUAUAAAAGUAAAUCAAGCGUCCUGGAUGCAAAACUACCUAUUCGACAAGCUCGUAUACCAUAUGGUUUAAAUUGUCGAGGAGGUGCAAAUGAUGAUUAUUCAUUUGAACCUCGAUGGCCUAUGGAAGUCGAAGUAUUAAAUGAACCACGUAUUAAACAUAUUAAUAUUUCACCGAUCCAACCUGAAGUUUUUUAUAAACCAACAACUAAUUAUGGACCAUCUAUACGUAGUGGUGGUGAAAAUAUUGGUCGUAGUGUUUUUAAUUAUAAUCCCGAAUCAUGUGGUUAUUUUAUUCGAUCUCGGAUUGGUGGUAAUAGAGAAGGUUGUCGACAAGCAGCUACUUUACUUCGAAAUAAUGAAGAUACAACUGUUUUAUUUGAAUCACGUUUUGAAAGUGGAAAUUUAAUGAAAGCUGUUCAAGUAGGUGAAUUUGAAUAUGAACUUUAUCUUCGAUAUGAUCUUUAUACGAAACGUAAUACACAAUGGUUUUAUUUUCGUAUGCAAAACAUUCGAGUUGAUAAACGAUAUCGUUUUACAAUUGUUAAUUUUUUCAAACCUACAAGUCUUUAUAGUUGUGGAAUGAGACCUUUGAUGUACAGUGUUUAUGAUGCAGAAACUAAAGGUAUUGGUUGGCAACGAUGGGGUGAAGAAAUUGUUUACUAUAAAAAUAAUCUACCUGCACCUGACAAUUCCUCAUGUAAUAUGUAUUCUCUUACUUGGACAUGUAAAUUCCCAAAUAAUAAUGAUACAUAUUAUUUUGCUCAUUGUUAUCCAUAUACAUAUUCUGAUUUACAAGAUUAUCUUAAUGAAAUUCAAAAUGAUCGUUUUAAAAGUCAAUAUUGUAAACAAAAAGUUCUUUGUCGAACAUUAGCUGGAAAUUUUAUUUAUUUGCUUACAAUAACAAAUCCAGCAACUGUACAAGUAAAUAAUACAAGUACAUCACCUGAAAAUCAAGUCAAAAAAGGUGUUGUUGUAACAGCACGUGUUCAUCCAGGUGAAACAAAUGGAUCAUGGAUGAUGAAAGGUUUAUUAGAUUUUUUACUUGGUGAUUCAGCUGAUGCAAAAUUACUGCGAGAUAAUUUCAUUUUUAAAAUAGUUCCAAUGCUUAAUCCUGAUGGUGUUAUUGUUGGAAAUUAUCGUUGUUCAUUAGCAGGUCGAGAUUUAAAUCGAAAUUAUAAAACGAUACUUAAAGAUGCUUAUCCAUCAAUAUGGCAUACAAGAGAAAUGAUCAAAAGAUUUAUGAAUGAAACAGAACUUGUUCUUUAUUGUGAUUUUCAUGGUCAUUCAAGAAAACAAAAUGUUUUUGUUUAUGGUUGUGAAAAUAAACAAUUACCUAAUGAAAGAUUUAAAGAAAGAAUAUUUCCAGCAAUGUUAUCAAAAAAUGACCCUACGAAAUUUUCAUUAUAUUCAUGCAAAUAUAAAGUUCAAAAGCAUAAAGAAGGUACUGGACGAGUUGUCAUGUGGUCUAUGGGUAUUAUGAAUAGUUAUACAUUAGAGGCAACAUUUUGCGGAUCAACUCAACAGGAUCGAGCCGGUCAUCAUUUUACUAUAAAAGAUUUUGAAUCUAUUGGUUAUCAUUUUCUUGAUUCUUUACUUGAUUAUUGUGAUCCAGAUCAUACAAAACGAGAUCGAAUAUUACUUGAACUCGAAGAUAAUAUACGACGUUCUAUACAAAUUAAACUUUUAUCACGUGGCAUUAAUCCAGGAUCAUUAGAUGAUAUUGAUCUUGAUCAAUUUUCAUCGGAUGAUGAUUCAAGUGAUGACGCAGGAUCAGAUUCAUCAACAGAUGACGGUUUACCAAAACAUUUAGAAGCAAUUGUAGCAGCUAAAGCUCAAUUAAAAAAAACAAGAAAGAAACCAGCACCAACAAAACCAAUUAGAGAAACUAAAAGAAAAGAUGAAAUAGAUAAAGAAAAUCUUGAAAAAAAUAAAACUGUUGGAUUACCCUUAACAAAAAUUCGUCAUUCUCAAUUUUCAACUAUUACGGAACUUGAAUGUAUGCAACAAAGAAGAAAACGUCGUAAUCAUGUGGCUUAUCACGUUUGCAAAUGUUUAACCUGUUUAAAGGCUCAAGUGUCCCAUAUUGAAAUGCGAUUGACUAAUGAUGUGACUAAACCAAUAUCAUUAACAUCGGCACGUCGAUUAAGAGAUACUAAUAAUGAUCCAGUUCGAUAUGAAGGUUCAAAUGGUAUGAAUAAUCGUUCAAAUCGAUGGUCAACAUCGACAACACAAAUAACAAACAGUCGUUUAACAACAGCUGAAGAAAAAGCACGAAGAUCUCAAGCUGAAUAUUAUAAACAUUUAUCUCGUGAUAUGCCAUCUGAUGAUCGUGAAAAACAACAGAUACAGCAACAACUACAAACCUUAGAUGAUAAUAUUCUAAUAACAUCUACUUUUUUCCCAAGGCAACCAUCAUCAUCAGAGAAUUUACCUGAAGAAGACGUUCCAGUUGCUUAUUCUUCUGGUCAGUCAUGCCAAACAACUGAAGUUAAUGAACCUAUAUCAACGAAUCAAUCUCGAGAUGCUUUUACAGCUACUUAUUUACUUCGAAGACUUAAUUGUCUGGAACGUGAAUCAGGAACAAAUACAAAGGGUUCAUCAACAGCUUAUCCAAUGUUAGCAUCAUCUUCACGUGUUGAGGAUGAUACAACUGAUCAAUUAGCAACUGAUAAUGACACUGAUUUUGAUAUGAGUCGAACAAACAUACUAAAUCCAAAUGAAGAUGGACGACAAUCAGCAAAUGCAUCUGUUACGAAUCGAGCUUCUGCUCAUUUAAAUGAACGAUCACUUGGUACAUCUCGAUCAUCAGCUCGACCAAAAACAACAACAACAAAUGCUCUACAAAGUCGAACUGUUCUUGAUAUGCGAUCUAUUCAACCGCCCACGCAAACACAAAAUCUAAAACGUAUUGCUGAACAACAACAACAUCAAAGACAACGAGUAAUGAUGGUAUUUGGUAAACAGACUCCUGUUGAAAUGAUUGAGAAACAAAAUUCAACAUCAUCACGCACAGUUCAUUUAUCAAUAAAUGAACGAAGGCCAGAUGAUGCAUCGUUAUAUUAUGAUAGUUCAUCAUCAAUUGUUUCAAGACUUCAUCCUAUUCAACAAGAUAAUAUAUCAAUGAAUUUAAUUUCUCGUAUGGAUUCAGCAUCAAUAAAUAGAUCGCAGACAACCAGAGCAUCAAGUGUGAGAAAAUCUUCUAAGUAA